AUGGUUUCCACAAAAGCAGUAGGCGAGCUACGAAUCUUAAUGUUCCCGUUGGCGAAGAGGGGCCGAGGCAGGACUGUCACCUCAGCAUGCGGCCGCAGGCACCUGCGCAGCGACGGAGGGACGUCGGCCGGCGAGGUGCGUAGCAAGGGGGCAGUGAUAUGCAGCUUCAGAGGAGCUGUACCGCAAGGCUUGGUCCUGGAACUAGGUGAAACUGUCCAGAUCCUAGAGAAAUGUGAAGGCUGGUACAGAGGUGUUUCCAUUAAGAAGCCCAAUGUAAAGGGGAUUUUUCCUGCAAACUAUAUUCACUUGAAAAAGGCAAUUGUCAGUAACAGAGGGCAAUAUGAAACAGUUGUUCCACUUGAAGAUUCUGUUGUGACUGAAGUCACAGCAACACUGCAGGAAUGGGCUGUGCUCUGGAAACAGCUGUAUGUGAAACAUAAGGUAGAUCUUUUCUACAAACUGCGGCAUGUGAUGAAUGAACUCAUUGACCUACGUAGACAGCUGCUGUCAGGUCACUUGACACAGGAUCAGGUGCGAGAGGUCAAGAGACACCUCACAGUGAGGCUGGACUGGGGCAAUGAACAUUUGGGCCUAGACUUAGUUCCUCGGAAGGACUUUGAGGUUGUGGAUUCAGAUCAGAUCAGUGUUUCAGAUCUUUAUAAAAUGCAUUUGUCAAGUAGACACAGUGUCCAGCAGAGCACAUCACAGGUGGAUACAAUUCGUCAGCGCCAUGGGGAAGCUUGCCGUAUGCCAGUGCCUCAUCACUUCUUCCUCAGUCUGAAGAGCUUCACCUACAAUACAAUUGGAGAAGACACGGAUGUCUUUUUUUCUUUGUAUGAUGUUCGAGAAGGCAAGCAGAUCAGUGAGAGGUUUAUGGUGAGGUUAAACAAGAAUGGAGGCCCCAGGAAUCCAGAGAAGAUAGACCGAAUGUGUGCACUUUUCACGGAUCUCAGCAGCAAGGACAUGAAGAGAGAUUUGUACAUAGUUGCCCAUGUAAUUCGAAUAGGUCGCAUGUUGCUAAAUGAUUCAAAAAAAGGGCCCCCUCAUUUACACUAUCGCCGCCCCUAUGGCUGUGCAGUAUUGAGCAUCAUGGAUGUACUUCAGUCAAUCUCUGAAAUCAAAGAAGAGAAGGAUUUUGUUCUCAAAGUUUACACGUGUAACAACGAAAAUGAAUGGUGCCAGAUUCAUGAAAAUAUUAUUCGCAAGUCCAGCACCAAAUACACAGCACCCAGCUCAAACUAUGGACUUAUAAUAUCUCUUCAGCUUCUUCGUGGUGACAUGGACCAGAUUCGAAGGGAAAACCCCAUGAUCUUUAACAGAGGUGUUUCUGUUACCAGGAAGCUGGGUUUUCCUGAUGUUAUAAUGCCAGGUGAUAUACGUAAUGACUUAUACCUGACAUUAGAAAAGGGAGACUUUGAAAGAGGUGGGAAAAGUGUGCAGAAGAACAUUGAGGUGACCAUGUAUGUGCUCUAUGCGGAUGGAGAAAUCUUGAAGGACUGCAUCAGCCUGGGCUCAGGAGAGCCAAGCAGGAGCGCAUACCACUCUUUUGUCCUUUACCACAACAACAGCCCUCGAUGGGGGGAAAUCAUCAAGUUGCCCAUCCCUAUUGACAGGUUCCGUGGGUCUCACCUCCGGUUUGAGUUCAGACAUUGCUCCACAAAAGACAAAGGAGAAAAGAAGCUCUUUGGUUUUGCAUUCACUCCAUUGAUGAGAGAUGAUGGCACUACCUUGUCAGAUGAUAUCCAUGAGCUUUAUGUUUAUAAGUGUGAUGAGAACAGCACGUUUAACAAUCACGCACUGUACCUGGGGCUGCCUUGCUGCAAAGAGGACUACAAUGGCUGCCCCAACAUCCCUUCCAGCCUCAUUUUCCAGCGCAGCACCAAAGAGACCUUUUCUGUCUCCACACAGCUUUCUUCUACCAAACUGACCCAGAAUGUGGAUUUGCUUGCCCUGCUGAAAUGGAAAGCUUACCCAGAUCGUGUGAUGGAUAUUCUAGGAAGACUGAGACAUGUCAGUGGCGAGGAAAUUGUUAAGUUCCUACAAGAUAUUCUCGACACGUUGUUUGUAGUUUUGGAUGACAACACAGAAAAGUAUGGUCUGUUGGUCUUUCAGUCUUUGGUAUUCAUCAUAAAUCUGCUGCGUGACAGCAAGUAUUUCCAUUUUCGCCCCGUGAUGGACACUUACAUUCAGAAGCACUUUGCAGGAGCGCUGGCUUACAAAGAACUGAUCCGAUGUUUGAAGUGGUACAUGGACCGUUCAGCUGAGCUUGUACGCCAGGACCACAUCCAGGAAGCAAUGAGAGCCUUGGAAUAUCUUUUCAAGUUCAUUGUCCAAUCUCGGAUCCUUUACUCCAGAGCUACUUGUGGAAUGGAGGAGGAACAGUUCCGCUCCAGUAUCCAGGAGCUUUUCCAGUCCAUCAGAUUUGUGCUCAGCUUGGACAGCAGGAGCUCCGAGACGCUCAUCUUCACACAGGCUGCGUUGCUGAACUCCUUCCCCGCUAUCUUUGAUGAGCUGUUGCAGAUGUUCACUGUGCAGGAAGUCGCCGAGUUCGUGCGGGGCACGCUGGGCAGCAUGCCCAGUACGGUGCACAUUGGGCAGUCAAUGGAUGUUGUCAAGCUACAGUCUAUUGCACGCACUGUUGACAGCCGCCUGUUCUCUUUCUCAGAGUCCCGACGCAUCUUGCUGCCUGUAGUUCUUCACCACAUUCACCUUCACCUGCGACAGCAGAAGGAGCUACUUAUCUGUUCUGGGAUCCUCAGUAGUAUCUUCUCCAUAAUCAAGACCAGCUCUUUGGAGGGAGAUGUCAUGGAGGAGGUUGAGAUGAUGGUGGAGAGCCUCCUGGAUGUGCUUUUACAAACUCUGCUUACAAUCAUGAGUAAAUCGCAGUCUCAGGAGGCGGUAAGAGGGCAGCGUUGCCCGCAGUGCACAGCAGAAAUCACUGGAGAAUAUGUGUCCUGCCUUCUGUCUUUGCUUCGUCAGAUGUCAGACACUCAUUUCCAGCACUUACUGGACAACUUCCAAAGCAAGGAUGAACUAAAGGAGUUCCUCCUGAAGAUUUUCUGUGUAUUUCGGAACCUGAUGAAAAUGAGUGUCUUUCCUCGAGACUGGAUGGUGAUGAGGUUGCUUACCAGCAAUAUCAUAGUGACAACAGUUCAGUACCUGUCUUCUGCACUGCAUAAGAACUUCACGGAAACAGACUUUGAUUUUAAAGUGUGGAACUCUUAUUUCAGCCUGGCAGUUUUGUUUAUAAACCAGCCAAGUCUCCAACUAGAAAAUGCCACACCAGCUAAGAGGAAGAAGAUUCUGGAUAAAUACGGCGAUAUGAGAGUGAUGAUGGCGUAUGAGCUCUUCAGCAUGUGGCAGAACCUGGGUGAGCAUAAGAUUCACUUUAUUCCGGGAAUGAUUGGCCCCUUUCUUGGUGUUACACUUGUUCCACAACCAGAAGUCCGGAAUAUCAUGAUCCCCAUCUUCCAUGACAUGAUGGACUGGGAGCAGAGAAAGAAUGGCAACUUCAAACAGGUGGAGGCUGAGCUGAUCGAUAAGCUGGACAGCCUGGUAUCCGAAGGAAAAGGCGAUGAGAACUACCGGGAACUCUUCAGCCUGCUAACCCAGCUCUUUGGGCCUUAUCCUAGUUUGCUGGAGAAGAUUGAGCAGGAAACAUGGCGAGAGACGGGAAUCUCUUUUGUUACAUCAGUUACUCGUCUCAUGGAGCGUCUGCUUGACUAUAGGGACUGUAUGAAAGGAGAUGAAACAGAAAACAAGAAGAUUGGCUGCACUGUUAACCUUAUGAAUUUCUAUAAAUCUGAAAUUAACAAGGAAGAGAUGUACAUCCGCUAUAUCCACAAGCUGUGUGACAUGCACUUACAGGCUGAGAACUAUACAGAGGCUGCGUUUACUUUGCUUUUGUACUGUGAGUUGCUUCAGUGGGAGGACAGACCUCUGAGAGAGUUCCUGCAUUAUCCGUCUCAGUCAGAGUGGCAGCGUAAGGAAGGUCUGUGCCGUAAGAUUAUCCAUUACUUCAACAAAGGGAAGAGCUGGGAGUUUGGAAUCCCGCUGUGCAGAGAACUGGCCAUGCAGUACGAAAGCCUCUAUGAUUAUCAGAGCCUCAGCUGGAUUCGGAAAAUGGAAGCUACCUAUUACGAUAACAUCAUGGAACAGCAGCGCUUAGAACCUGAGUUUUUCAGAGUUGGUUUUUACGGUCGGAAAUUCCCUUUUUUCCUGCGGAACAAAGAAUACGUAUGUCGGGGCCACGACUAUGAGAGGCUGGAAGCCUUCCAGCAGAGGAUGCUGAGUGAGUUCCCACAAGCCAUUGCAAUGCAGCACCCAAACCACCCAGAUGACUCCAUACUGCAGUGUGAUGCCCAGUAUCUACAGAUCUAUGCAGUGACUCCCAUCCCAGACAAUAUAGAUGUGUUGCAAAUGGACCGUGUCCCUGAUCGCAUAAAGAGCUUUUACCGAGUCAACAACAUCCGGAAAUUCCGCUACGACAGGCCUUUCCACAAAGGCCCAAAGGACAAAGAGAAUGAAUUUAAGAGCUUGUGGAUUGAACGUACCACUCUGACCUUGACUCACAGUUUGCCUGGGAUCUCUCGUUGGUUUGAAGUGGAGAGAAGAGAACUGGUUGAAGUCAGUCCUUUGGAAAAUGCCAUUCAAGUGGUUGAGAACAAAAACCAGGAGCUGAGGACACUGAUAAGCCAGUACCAGCAUAAACAAAUGCAUGGUAACAUUAAUCUUCUCAGCAUGUGUCUGAAUGGAGUGAUUGAUGCAGCUGUUAAUGGGGGAAUUGCACGAUACCAGGAGUAAGCAGAAGGCACUUUUUUUUUUGAUAAAGAUUAUAUCACAAAGCACCCUGGAGACGCAGAGAAGAUCACACAGCUCAAGGAACUCAUGCAGGAACAGGUACAUGUCCUAGGAGUGGGACUGGCAGUCCAUGAGAAAUUUGUACACCCAGAAAUGCGUCCUCUGCAUAAGAAACUGAUAGACCAGUUCCAGAUGAUGCGAUCCAGUCUGUACCAUGAGCUACCUGGUUUGGAUAAGCUGAGUCCGGCCUGUUCUGGUGCGAGUACACCACGCAGCAACGUUCUGGUUUCGCAUGGACCUAUGAGCCCAGAGAGCAUAAAGCUGGUGCAUCGACACAGCCCACUGAACUUGCUUGGUUCAGUCCGACACUCAUCAUCCUCUCUGUCGUCCCACACCUCCAGCGAAACAGGGAACCUGGUCAUCCUUACAGACAGUUCUGUGGGGGAGGCGGCUGAGGAUAUGUACCACAUGCAGCUUGUUUACCCUAACUCCAGGUACCAAGGCUCAGUCACCAACGUCUCUGUUUUAUCCUCGUCCCAGGCUAGCCCUUCCACCUCAAGCCUGAGCUCUACUCACUCGGCACCGUCCCAGAUGAUUAACUCUGCCCCUUCCAGCGCUCGAGGCUCUCCCUCUCUACCAGAUAAGUACCGCCACUCUCGGGAGAUGAUGAUGUUGCUGCCAGCCCAUCGGGACCGACCUAGCAGCGCCAUGUAUCCCGCAGCUAUCAUGGAAAACGGACAGCCUCCAAAUUUUCAGCGCGCCUUGAUGCAGCAAAUGAUUGGACCAUGCAAACCUUGCAGUGAUCCCAACCUGUCUGUGGCUGAGAAAGGACACUACUCACUGCACUUUGAUGCCUUCCAUCACCAGCUCAGUGAUGCUCCUCCAGCACUGCCUGCACGAACGCUGCGCAAGUCCCCUCUUCAUCCUAUCCCUGCAUCACCCACCAGUCCGCAGUCUGGUCUAGAUGGAAGUAACUCCACUUUAUCCGGCAGUGCAAGCAGCGGUGUCUCUUCCUUGAGCGAGAGUAAUUUUGGACAUUCUUCUGAACCACCUCCUCGCACAGACACCAUGGAUUCUGUCCCCAGCCAGGCCUGGAACACUGAUGAAGAUCUAGAGACACCCUACCUCCCUGUCAGGUACAGUCUCUCUGAGCCUGAUGUCCUAGAGUCGCUCAAAUCCCAGCCAUGCCGAAGCCACUCUGCUCCAUCUGGAGUCAUUCCUCAGGACACCAUGGACCCUCCUGCUCUACCCCCCAAACCUUACCACUCCCGGCUGCCAAACAUGGAGAAUGAGGAGGGGAUGAUAAUUGAAGAUGAUGACAAACACCGCCCAUUGCAUCGUAAAGUGUCCCAGCCAGUAAGUGGUGGGAAGGAAGAGCAGGCCAGGGUAGCAUGGGAGCACGGCAUCAGCGAGCAGUAG